UGGAGAGAGCUCGGCGAGACUUGUCAUGCAUCCUGGGUCAAAGUUCAAGGUCACGGUGCCCACUUGGAAUCUGCCUGGUUCUACGUCACUUUGCCGGUGUAAGAAUCAGUGUUUGGUCCAACCUGUCUGUACGGCAGUGUCUGUGCAACUAAAUGCAAGCGGUGUUCAGUGUGCCUUCUCCUCUGAGCCUGAACCCCAAAGUUACCUCGUGAACUCCGACGACGCCCAUGCUGUUUUUGCUACGGCAGAAGCGAACAGCCUCGAAGCCCACGAGUCCUCUACUACAUCUACACCGACUCCUUCAGGGACAGCAACGAAACCCACGGAUCUCGAACAGGAGUUUCAACCACAACAGGGCACAUUCUCGCAACCAGAAACUUCAGAAAUCACAAAUCCCGACAUUUUUACACUGCCAGACACAGCCUCAGAGACAAGCAACACUGCCUUCUCUGACCCAUCUUCGCUAACCAACUAAACGGGUCAACGCAAAAAGGUUUCGAAUCCAGUCAGGUGGGGCUUAUUCGGACAUUGAGCAGUACUAACCUCACGACCUGUGUAUAUACCUUCACAAUCUGUUAUGGCAUUGGAAUGGUACUGAAUAUAAGAUGGAAUAACACGAGGAGAUGAAUAUAACCUCAGGCAUAUUCAAAACAAUCUUGAAAUCGAU